AUGGAUGAAAGUUCUGAGCCUGCCCGUGAAGACAAUUUGUCUACAGCCGUUCAGCCACUGACUUCUAGUGGCUCUGAGGAGCUUCACAAGCCUACUGAAGCCAUGACUGGCGACAGUGCCACUGCUAACCUUGGGCCCACCAUCCAUGACCAAGAGCAUGCCGAAGCUACCAAGGAACGUUCCUGCACUUCUUAUCCGGAGUCGAGUUCCAAACCGCAUCGAUCGUCUGCUAAGCAUGCCGGUGUUCAUUUUGUCGACCAAAUCACUCUUGCGGAGCCUGAGCUCAAGAAGUCAGAGGUUGGACCCAAGACUGAGGAUAAUGUCGAGGAGCCUUUUGCCAGUUCGGACCAGGAGCCAAACAGGCAUUUUUCCCAAGUUCAAGCUGGUGCUGACCUUGGAGGCGCUUCGCCAAGAGCAAUUGAUUUCGCCGUCGUUACAGAAGAACCAGGGAGCAAUGCAGAGACAUCCAAUUUGAACAACGGCGCAAACUCGGAGAACGCGCCCAAGGUUGGAUUCAAGCACGAUCCCGAUGAGGAAAAGGUGCUCGCAAACGUGGAACUUGACGAUGGUUCUUCGUCGAAGUCGAAGAAGAAGAAAAAGAAUAGGCGACGUCCCAAGAGUCAGAGAGGAGAGAACGCACCCUCUGGGUUUGAACCCUUCUAUGCCGAUGCACCAAUGACUCCAAAGGAGUUUGAGGAGAACAAGUCUAUCUAUGAUCCUGCUUUGCCCAUUCUUGAUCGGAUUGACGAGGGCAUCAAGCGCUUCUUGUACAAGCGACGCCUUGAGCCCUACAGACGCAAAGUUUUUCUCAAGUACUUACAGUACGGCGGUGUCAGCGUGGGCCCCAAUCAUUCCCAGGGAGUAACUCCUUCGGAAUUGAAGGAGAUGACCAAAGAAGAGGCAAUGCAAGCUCGCUGCACCACGGCGACCUUUCCCAAGAGGGGAAAACCAUAUCCCAUCUCUUUCAACGAUGUCGCGACUGGCUACCUGACUGGGUUCUACAUGGGCUACUACAAUCCUGAUACUGAGGAGGAGAUCAAAGUAUGCACUGAUACGAUGAAGAAUUUCUUCUCUUACCUCCUCUACCACAAUGUUUGCCCCGAGCAGAAGGAGGAUCUUGAGGAAGCUCGAAGGACCUGCGAUCGGGCUGCCAAAGAGUUGUGGAUGAACCAGCAGCUUGUCCAUCAUGGCGGCCCCGGAGACUUCAACCGCGGCUGCUCCGUGCUGUUUGGCGGCUACUACUUCGAGGAUGUGGAUGACCCCGAGGCUUGGACAAAUGUUCGAUAUUUUGAUGGAAAGGUCUUUACCACUGAAAUGGCUCGCAAAGUCGUUAAAUAUGGAAUUGCGAUUGCCGGAAAUGAUCGAACUGCUCAGAAAUUCAAGAUUCUCGCUGACCUGGACAUGAUCGAAGCCAAGCAGGUCCCAGACAUCGAUGGCUUUGAGGUCAUCUCUGUGGAGGAACCUAGCGAGGAAACCAUCGGACUCUACAGGGAGCUGGGUCCCGAUCUUGGCCCAGUGGGCAAGAUUCGAGCCAAGGAAUUUCGUGAUCCCGCCAGAGGUCCCUUUGACCUCACUCCCUGGGAAAAGGUAGACUGGGAUGCUGGUUUUGCCCCGACCUACGAGUUCGAAUUUCUCGUCGAACCUCAUCUGUUCCCCCAUAUCUUGCCCGGCAUGAAGAUUAUCUCGGACGUCUAUGAGACCAACUUCGGACAGUACUACUUCGAUGAAAUUCUGUCAGUCCUGCCAAGUUUCUACAAGUUCAUGUACAAUGACUGGAUGAUGGACUAUGUGGAGCCCGCACCUAUUAACUUCAUCCCUGACGAGGAGGAGGUCGCGCGCCGCCGCGCAAAAGAGUCUAUUAUGCGUCCUCCUGAGCCCACCCCGGCCGAGUGGGCUCUGCACAUGGUGAUGCACGAGUUGACUUAUGUGGUCAGGCCGGGCCAGGAUCCCAUGGACGCCGUCUGGCAGAUGAUUCAUAGCCUUGAGAACUUCGGCUGGGACCUGGAGGAAGUCAAAGACUUGCUGGGCUUGGUGGAUCCGAAUCCGCGGAAGGGCAAGGAAAGGUCGACUGAGGGAGAGCAGCCCCGCGUGCGCCUUAGCAAUGAGCCCCGCAACAUCCCCUUGUUUGAGACCCCUAAGCAGGCCCUUGAUCGGACUAUCAAUUAUUUCCAGAAUCCGGAAAGGAUCAAGCCCGUUAUCGCGCCGGAGGUCAUCGCGAAGAUUCUCAAGGAGAAAAAGGAGAAGAUAGAGAAAGAACAAUCCGAGAAAGGAGCGCAGGCUUCGGACGGGCAGAAUAUCGCAAAGAGCCAGGGAGCAGAGGGUGAGCGCAAGCCCGGUAUCUCGCCGGAGGGCAUGGCAUACUUCGUCAAGAAGAUGAAGAAGCAGAUAGAAAAGGAACAAUCCGAGAAAGGAGCCCAGGGACCUAUCACGCCGGACGUCAUUGAGAAUUUCGUCAAGAAGACAAUGGAGCAGAUAGAAAAGGGACUGUCCAAGAAAGCAGCCCAGACUUCGGAUGGGCAGGAAAUUGCGAAGAAUCAGGGACCUGAGGGACAGCCCAAGCGAGAACCAAUGGACAACAAAUCAACCCAGACUCCGGGUGAGCAGAAGAUUACGAAGAACCAGGAAUCCGAGGGACAGCCCAAGCGAGGACCAACGGACGACAAAGCAACCCAGACUUCGGGUAAGUAG